AUGUCUACACUAGAGAAAUUUAACAGCCAGUUUGGUGCUAUCAUUGAGAGUGACCAGAUAGGGAUAAAGAACAAUUGUGCUGAUGAGUUUGAAGAUCAGGGCAAUGAAAUUUUAGUUUUCUUUCAUAUUGAAACGUGCCUAACUGAAAUCCAGGAGAUUUCAUGUUCUCAUAUACCUGUGAAGAUGGUUUCUUUUCUAACUCUCUUUCAGAACUCUCCUCUUUACCAGUAUUUGCAGGAUUUGGGACAUACCGAUUUUGAAGUAUGUUCAGCUGUGUCACAAAAGACAGAACAAUGCACAGCAGAAGAGGGACAACAAGGACAGACUUCCCAGACCACCCAGAAACAAGGCACCCUCUCAAAGCUAGCUGAACUCUUUAGAAGCUGGUUUCCUUUUUCACCGUGUAAGAAAAAAGAUGACAUACUCUACCGUCUGGAUGUUGGAUUUCGACUUGAUGCACUCCGGACUAUCCUGCAACAGGAAGUUCUGCUACAGGAGGAUGUGGAACUAAUUGAGCUGCUCGACCCCAGUAUCCUGUCUGGAGGGCAGAGCAAGCAACAGGAAAAUGGACACCUUCCAACUCUACGCUCCCUAGCAACUCCUAAUAUUUGGGAUGUCUCAUUGCUGCUUGUCUUUGUCAGUGCAUUUAUUGUGCUUCCUUCUUGGUGGAGUUCAUCAUUUUGGCUGGAGUGGGGACUCAUUCUUUCAGUCUAUAUGGUCAUACGAGUGUGGAGCACUUGGAGGACAGCGAAACUGCAAAUGGCCCUGCGAAAAUACAGUCUCCAGCUGGAAGAGACAGUGGCAAACAGCCGAGCUUUCACUAAUCUUGUGAGAAAAGCUCUGCGACUCAUUCAGGAGACUGAAGUUAUUUCCAGAGGAUUUACCCUGGUCAGUGCUGCUUGCCCAUUUAAUAAAGCUGGACAGCAUCCUAGUCAGCAUCUCAUUGGUCUUCAGAAAGCUGUUUACAGAUCUGUCAGAGCGAACUUCCGAGCUUCAAGACUGGCUACUCUGUACAUGCUGAAAAACUACCCUUUAAACUCAGAGAGUGACAAUGUGACCAACUACAUCUGUGUAGUUCCUUUUAAAGAGCUGGGUCUUGGACUGAGUGAAGAGCAGGUGUCUGAAGAGGAGGCGCACAACCUCACAGAUGGCUUCAGCCUGCCUGCACUCAAGGUUCUGUUUCAGCUCUGGGUAGGACAGAGUUCAGAAUUCUUCAGACGACUAGUACUGCUGCUGUCUUCAACUAAUGCAUCCCCUAAGCCCUUGAUCACCCCAGAACGUUUGCCUCAUCAUAUUUUGUCUGACGUGACUCAAGGUCUACCUCACACUCAUGCUGCCUGCUUACAAGAGCUUAAGCGAAGCUAUGAAUUUUAUCGGUACUUUGAAACACAGCAUCAGUCUGGAUUGGAACGUUCAACCAAAAGGAAACAAAAGUCAAGAGAGCUGAACAGCCUUCAUAUAGCAGUGCGCAGUUUGCAGCUUCAUCUCAAGGCCCUGCUAAAUGAGGUAAUAAUUCUUGAGGAUGAACUUGAAAAACUCGUUAGCUCUAAGGAGACACAAGAACUACCAACAGAGGCAUAUCAAGUUCUUGAACAAAAACUAAAAUUGAUUCAGCCACACGUCCAAGCGAGCAACAGCUGCUGGGAAGAGGCCAUUUCUCAGGUGGAAAAAAUGGGUCGAAGAAACCCAGACAUAAAAGGUAAACCCGAAGUAUCUUUUGAUAACACACACUGUACCAUGCUACCUUUACUACACUCCACCCUGCACAUAGAGGACAAAGACCCAGUCCCUGAAGAGCAGGAAUUGGAAGCAUAUGUUGAAGAUACAGAUAUGGACAAUGAAUACAGAACAGAUGACUUUUACUGCUUUUCCCAGGAAGAGAGGGAGAGACAAAGACAUGAGAGGGAAGAGUCUAAAAGAGUAUUACAAGAACUGAAAUCUGUGUUGGGUUUUAAGGCUUCAGAGGCAGAAAGGCAAAAAUGGAAGCAGCUGCUAUUUAGUGACCAUGCUGCGGUGAAACCCUUGUCUCCUGUAGAACCAGUGGAUCCCAUAAAUAAUCUGGAAUCACCUAUGAAUUCAGAUAUAGGAAAACAGGAUGGCAUCCAAGGUAGUGAUGAUUCUGAAGAAAGAGACUCAAAUCCAAAACCACAUGCCACUGAGAAAAGGAGGACUGAAUAUUUGUUUGAAGAUCCAGUAAUGGUUGAAAACAAAGACAUUGCUCCUGGGGAAGGUGCAUCUCCAGUAGCUGAAAAAAGAACACGUUAUCAGUGCGAAGGUGAAGGUGAAGAAUCCAUACUACCCAUUGUGGAUGGACUGGAGACUUCACAGACACCUCUGAGAGAUGCAUUACAAUCCUCCAUCAAACAUAGGCUGGCUCAGCUCCAUAUAUCAACAGAUUUCAACUUUACAUCUGGUCUAGCUGCACAGGUUGCUGCCAGAUCACUUACUUUUACUACAAUGCAACAACAGACUUUUGGAGAUGAGGAGGAGGCAGAAGAAGAGACGCAGGACAGUGAAAAUCAUAUGCAAGAGAACAAUGAUGAAGGCACCGUCUCUGAAAAUGGGGAAGUGUUCUAAGUCCCUGAUGAACUUGGUUAAACAAUGCAUUGCCUACUUGAAUUCCAUAAAAAGCAGGUGUUGGGAAUAGCCAAGGCUUGGGCUUAGAGAAAAACAUGCCGGCUGGAAGAAACAGACAGAAAUGUAAUAUGUACUGUUCCCUGUAUUUGACACACUCAGUAGGGUUUGCCAAGUACUUUGAUGAUAUGCAGGUAAGCUAAGGAGUUACAGAGUGUGGACCCAAAGAAUAGUUGUGUAUCUCCUCCUGAUGAUACUAAUGGGUUUUGGAACAUAAAUAUUUUAUGUUUAUUUAUUUAUAUGAUUCUUUUUUUUCCUAAAACGAAGAGAACAUUCUCACUUUCAUUUUUAGCAGAAUCCAUUUUUCAUUUCAUGAUUUUACUUAUCAUAGCAUCAUCAGUUAUAAUAGAAAUAGUCAAAGUGAUUCUGUCUGAAGAACAUAAACGGUAAUGUGUGAUCCUCCCCACCACCUUUCCUUCAUCUUUAUUGUCUUCUGUAUUUGGGUUAACUAUCUUAGGAAUUUGUAACUUCAUGACUAAGAAUGCUCCCAAAGCUAAAUUUUAAAUAAAAACAUGAAAAACCUAAUAAUGUAUAUGUCCUGGGAUAUUGGGCUAAAGUAGUAUGAAGUUAGCUGCAUAUCAGAUAAAGAUUCCAAAUAUAGUUCAUAAAGGGUGAAUAGAUGAUUGAUAAGAGUUUAUAAUUGCAUUAUAGAAAGUUUUAGUAUGUGUUAUAGAAAGUUAUAAACACAUUAGUAGAAAGUACUAUAGAUGGUUAGAAGUAGCUUGUUGGACUUGAUUAGCAGUUGAUUAUUGAUUUAUUAAAACACCUAUUAAUUGUUCAUUGGCCCUUUGUAAAUUGAAUCUUAAUAUAAUGUUUAACUUACAUUAUUUGCACAGGGUUACAAAACACAGUGCUGUAUUGUUGUACAUCUCUAUCCAUGACCUGGAGUAAAUUCUUAGGCUAAGUUAAAUGAGUAGUUUCUUUAAGGUUAUACAGUAAUUUUGUUUAGGUGUCAUAGCUGCUGUUUUCUAAUGUUGUUUCACUUUUCUUUUGAUAACAUCUAUAACGUGUUUUGAUAAAGAAAUCAGCAGAGACCAUGAAUUUAUUCCAUUCUAGUUAAGCUGUGUCUUGUAACCCAGUUGAAAUCUAAACUGAAACAUUCAAUAUAGGCCUGUAUUAGUUCUUUGAUGUGAAAAGUAGCUCUGCCCUGGAAAAAAGCACCCCUCUAGAGAAGGGGGGAGAGUCAUGGUUUCAGUGGGUGCUUUGAUACAGCCCUCUGAUGCAUCUCCCACGUAAGGGUUCCAUGGCUCUGAGUGAGAGAUUUCCAAUCAGAAAUCACGCCAUUAACAGCUCUUGUUAAUUCUUCUCUACACUGGUUGACAGCUUGUGGUAGGAGUAUGAAGCAGUAUAGACUCAAAGGCAGCACCAUUUCUGAGGGUAUUGUGCUGCCACAAUGGAAGGGGGAGACAAGGGAACUCAAAGAAUGCCUCUGUUCCUGAAACAGAACUUCUUGACCAUUAUGUGGCAAGACAGAUCCUGUCAUGCAGCAUUUCUCCUACUCUGGUAGUGAUUAGGAGAAAAGACUGUGAAUAUAAAUAUGUGACAUUUCACAACCCCUAAAUAAGGAUAAUAUAAAUAGAGGGAGCAUGUGGGUUUGAAUUAUUGUUUGCACAAUAUAAACUCUGUUUUCUUCCUGGUUUUGUACUUCUCUUGCACAAAGACUGUGGGAGGAGAACGUAUUAACAUGUUUCAUUAGCCCGUGAUUCUGUUUUCUAUGCCCUUAUGUAUAUGUAGAUAGGUAGAUGUUAUGUAGAAUGAAUUGUACCUGGGGAGGACUUGCAGAAAUGUGGUAUUUGCUCAACUAUGAUGUAUGCAGCAGCCAAGCAUCCUGUCAGGUAGUAGAGUUUGUUCUACUCAAGGCCAGAGAGAGAUCUACUGAGAAAAUGGAGUUCUUGAUAUAAUUUUCAAUAUGAUGGCUCUUUAGAACACCUGAAUAGAUAGAGUUGGGAGAUUGUCAGUGCUAAUUAAAAAGGUGUCUUCCUUGUCCUUGACUUAAGAACCUUGACUUCACCAAGUGCCCUGUUUUUUUGUUUUUAGCUAGUUUGUUAUAUUAUCUAGUUUUAUUUUGUAACUGACUUUAUCCCACCAAUGCACCACCAGCAUUUUGUCACCUGCUGCGUAUCUCAGUGUUGUUUUUUCCCAAAUUUGAAUCAUGGGAUCCAAUAUCCUUCAAAUUGACUGUAAGCUGUUGUGAUUUGAUUUUUGCAAAAUUUUCUGUAGUCUGAUUUGUCACUAUUCUCAGAUGAUGUGAAUGGGAGCUACAGAUGCUUAGCCCUACAGCAAAAGUAGACCCAAAUCUCUAUAUGGAGGCAGUAGCUUUUACAUUUUCUUUGUUGCAAGCCUGGCAAACAACCCAAAGAAUAAACAAUUGCUGGUCAUUUGGUGUUAGCAGUAUGUGAGAGAAAAUAAUGGAUCUUUGGAGCUAGUCAUUUUAGAUGUUUUUUUUCCUUCAAACAAAUAUGUUUUGUGUGAGCAAAUGAACUGGCUAUUAAAUACAAAUAAAAUUGACAAACUUUAUGUGUUCUUGAAAAUAACACAUUCUUUUUCUGUGUGGCUGCCCAUUUCUCACAUUGCAUCCAUUUAGGAUUCCAUACAAAGCCAACCUGUUGAAUAAUUUAUUUGAAUUGAUAUUGAUGUAAUUCCUCCCUGCAAAAGAAUCUUGUUAAAAAUCUACUUCGGAUAAAGAAUGGGAUUUAAUUUGAUAACCAGUUACUUUGAUAACUUUAUUUGAUUUGAUAACCAGUUUCCAGCUACAUAUAAAUAGACUCUGUUAUAAUCCAGAUUUCCUCAUGAUGAUGUCUGUGGAAAGACCUGUGUGUCCAAGUGUAGUUUCAAAAAAUUUGCUAGGUGUCCUGUCCGUUUUCAUUUAUUUCUUUAGUUUAAAAAAAGCAUAUGAAAGAGUCUGCUGUAGAACUCAAGACCCAGGUUAAUAUAUUGUGACUGUUGAGGUACUGUGCCCCUGUGUCUUUUGGCUUAAGGACUGGACAAUGAAAACUAUAUAAGAAAAGAGCUCUUACUUUUUAGGAUUUGUUUUUAACUUUAAAAUAUUUUAGCAUUAAUUUUACAUUGAAUAAUGAACCAAUGAUACAUAUUUGAAUAUGAGUAACCAUUUUAGUUAAUCACUUUGUAGAAUUGUAAAAGAGUGCAGUUAUGUACCAUUAAAUAAAGUCAAAGAUCUUUCUUUCCUCCCUGUCCUAACUAGUAGGAACCCUAAAGACACAACUCACAACUAAUUUCCCUAAAUAGAAUUGCAGUCUGACACCACAUCUAAUUUAUGCCUUUACAUUUGCCAGGUACGUAAGCAAGUACAUAUUUGAAUACAGCUAGAUAUCUGUGUUAGAAAUAUUUCUUGCUAAAGAAUACUGUUUCCUUGAUUUCCAUAGCCCAAUAAUACAGCAAAAACCAUAGGCUAAUAGACGUAGGUUGAAUCCAUUACCGACAAUGCAUAUCCUUAAGUAGAACAGUAGAAUGCCUUUUCUAAUAUAUCAGUAAUAAACAAGAUCAGCAAUUGUCAAACUUUCUGUUCUUAUUACAUGAAUAAGAUAAUUACACUUCUGAUAGAUCAUGUCUAGUCCUUGUUCCAUCCUGAGAUCCAUAUCAAAGCAAAGGCUGGUGGACUAGGUCACUAUUAACUAGUUUUAUUGAUUUUUCCAAACUGUGGCCUGAAUACCCUUUCUAUACCCAAAUCUUUUACUGGUUUCACUGAAAGUGGUAUGUGGAUGAGAACAGCAGAUUUGGGUCAUAGGCUUCUUAAUUUCUUAGCAAAUAUUAUAAAAAAGGGGUUGACAAUCUUUCACUAACAGGCUUGAAUUAAUGCAGAUGGUGCAUCUGAUUACAUAAGGCACUGCUUACAAAAGCAUGUAUCUAUGAUCUAGUUAGUUUGUAGGAAAAAAUAAUAUCACUUUUUGGCGAGCUUGUCAGCAGCAGUGUGGGAAUGCAGUACAGGGCGCUUGGGACAAAGCAGAAGUGGCAACUUUUGGUUCAGUCACAAAUAUCAAUGUGAACAUGCAGCUGCCAGCAGCAGCCACUUUCUUUGGUUCCCCUCCCCCACAAGUUGGCACCUAGGGUGGUUGCCCCUUUCAGCCCCCCUAGUUACACCACUGCUUGCCAGGGUGGCUAAAAAUCUCUUUGCAGGGCAGAUCCAGCCCGUGGAAUAUAGGUUGCCAUCCCCUGCACUAAAUCGCUAGCACUGGAGAAAUGUAGGCCUGGAAAGCUCCUCAGAAGUCAUCUAUUUCAUCCUCUUGCCCCAUCAAGUCUAUCUAAACCAUUCUGACAGAUGUUAUUUAAACUUAGGUAACCUUUUAAACUAGACUUGUAGUUAAAAUGUUUUCUUUACAUCUAAUCAGAAUUUUCUUUACAGUGAGGUUAUCCUACCCUCCUCAUUGCACCUAGAGGACAAUUGAUCAUAUAUUGAAGACUAUUGUUAUAGCCCUUUCAGGUGUUUUCUUCUUGAAACUAAAGAAACAACUUGUGUGUCAACUUUUCCUCCUUUGUUGUUUCCUUAAACCUUACUGUGGCUCUUCUCAGGACUCUUUCCAAUUUGCCCACAUCUUUCUUGAAGUUUGCAGCCCAAAUCCAGACACAGUACUCCAGAGGAGGCUUUACCUGAUUCAAAUUCAACAGAAUAAUUUCUUCCCAUAAUGCUGAACUAUUACACUUUUUAUUUACUUCAAUUAGGACUAGAACCUAUUCACGUUCUUUAUGGCCAGCUGCUAAAAUGAUAGACUAAAAUAUUUUGUUUGGUGUGGAAACAUAUUGAGCAGAAUUUCUGUGCUAAAUGUUUUUCUUUGCUACACAAACAAGAAGUUAUUAAAACUUUGAUUAAUCUUCGAACAGUUGCCACCUGGUGUAAUCUGUACCAAACAUGCCAAACCACAUUUAUUUAAGUAAAAGCUGAACCCUGAAGAUCUCAGCUCUAAUCCUUGAUGCAACAUAUUUUGCAUGAUCAGUUACUAUACACAAGUUGAGUAUGUAAUUUAAGUAGUAACAAACACAUGGGUAUCAAAGAUCAAAGCAAGCUCCAAGCUGCUAAUUUAAAAAAGAAUGCAUGGUGAUAUGCUUCAUCCUUAUUCACAAUUUUUAAUUUUCUCUUUGUUUCUAGGAUUGUGCUUUCAGUUUAAAUAUCCAAACAUCCACUUUGAUUUGAAUAAGUGCAGUGAAUCAGUAUGACACAUACAGUCUGAACAAAAGUGGCUGAUUUCUCAUGUGUUCUCUCUUGUCCUUCAUCCUGGCCUCUUUAAGUUACAGGAAGGUUUGUCAUAUUGUAAGAGUGUUACAAUAAGAGUAUACUGUGAGCUAGUGUUGCACUCCCUGUUUGAAAUUGAUAUGAGACUCGGAGAUAAAUCUCUAGUACACGAGGAAGGAGGGAUUGCUUCUCUGUUCUAAAGCAAGUGGAUUCUUCAAACAUUGAAUGGGACCAAAUCGUGAAUACUUUCACCCCUGCAAAAACAGACAGAAUGUCAGACAACAAGAACAGAGAGGAAGUGCCCAUAAAAACAUUAACCAUUUUGGCAUGAGACUAUUUUCUCUUUCGUUUAAUAUUUUGAAGAGGUUGUAACUGUGUGAGUUUUAGUUAUCUGUGCAGAGCUUGACAGUUAGCCUUAUUAGUUUUUAAAGAAAUAUUUCAUAUUUCAAAUUCAAAGAAAAAACAUCUCUGUGGAAAAAACACUGGGUGACUUUUUAGUCUAAAAAUUGUUAUAUAUUCCACAUUUCUUACAAGUAUACAAGGCUUAAAAUGUGCCAGUUACUAUACAAACAUGAGAAUGCAAGGUCCUUUUCCUAAAGAAGCUUACAGCCCAGACAGACAGUGUGAUCAGUGGUGUCUAGGUGGCUAAUACCUUCAGACCUCUGUUUAUCAUUCCACAUGUAGUUAAUUCCACUUUCACUGUGUCUUCCCUCCCCCAGCCUCAUUUAUUUCCCCCUUUACUAGUUGUAAAAUACUUUAAACACUUUGGGAUAAAGACUAAUUUUUUAUAGGUAGGCACCAGAUCUAGCAAAAUGGAGGGCCCUGAUUAGGGCCUCAAGGUGCAACAAUGAAACAAAUGUAAAGUAUGUAAAGGACAGAGAAUAGGACUUAAACCAUGUGAAUGGUUGUGGUGAUGGUGGGAGGUGAUGAUCUGUCUUUUAAUUCCUUUAAUUAUUUUUGUUCUUCCCCUCUUCUUUAUUGCUUUGUUGUUGAGAGGAAGAAAGGACUGAAAUCGAAGGAACUUUAAGGAAAAAAUUGGAGGAGCAGAGAGUGUGGAUGUGUCAGACCAGAUUAGGGAGGGAAUUCCUUUUGCAAGGGCCUCAUGAAGGAUGCAGAGAUAAGCCAUUACUGAAAGGUGUGAUGAAUUACAUGGCUUGAAAGGUUUUUAUGUUUAGUUUCUAAAAGAAACACUGGCUACUUAUUUCCACCUUAAUUCAUAUUCUUGUUGAAUCCAUUCAUGUAUUCAGAGUGCAAGACCUUUGGAGCAAGCACCAUGCUGUUGUUUUAUGUUUGCUCAGCAUCUGACAUUCAUUGAAUCAAACAAUAAUACGCUUUACUAAUUCAGUAGGGGCGUGCAAAAUGGGCUGUAUUCUAUUCAGAUUCAGCCCGAAUUGGGGACAGUGAUUCAAUUUGUUGAUUCAGAUCACUGUCCCUGAUUCGAUUCGGCCAAAUCU